CAUCAGUCUCAUUUCACAGCUCGGUCCUGGUCUCAGUCGGAUCACUGAGGAAGAUCAACCAGAGAAUCUGAGGCUCCACAGCAGGUUCAACACAUCAUGGCAAACCGUCAGUGCACAUUUGAGAUUGACAACAAGUGCUCUGAGUUCACCUUCUGUAACCCGCAGGUGUUCACUUACAGUGGAAUCUAUGAGAAGCCGUUGUCACCAACUCUCGGCCCCUCUGAAUCUGGCAGCGCUCUGUUCAUCAAGACUUCGAACACAGCGUGUGGAGCUGUUGGAGUCUUCACCUAUGAUCUGCAGAACAAAUCCACAGAGAAAUGUGAUGGAAAAAUGGCCGUCAUGUACUCCGUUCCUUAUGACUACAACUUCUACUCUAACAUGUACGCAGUGGGAGUCUUUGAUGUGGAUACAAAGUGUGAUUAUGACCUUUAUAAAGAGAUGUAUUAUGGGGCGGGGUCAAUGUUUGUCAGAGGUAAAGCUAAAGACAGUCUGACUUACAAAGGCAAAGAUGUGACCAUCAGAGCCACCAUGUCAGACAGUAAGACAUCUGUCAUCAAGGUGCAGGUGUCCAACUGAAAUAUGAAGCUUCCUUAAACCCUUCAGACCUUCUUCCAUGAACCAGUAAUCCCAGUUGGGCACUAAAACAGAAAGUUUUUCUUUUCUUCAUCAUUCUCAUUGUCUUCCAUUUAGCUAGGGUGAUUUUGGUUUUCAUAACAGAGGACAGUGGGGGCAGGAGGCAGACGGACACCGUGGUGGCAAUGUGUACUGCAGAGGCUCUACUAUCUACUAAACUAGUAUAAAUUAGUGUACGAGUACAAUAUAAUAACAUUAAAUAAAAAGUUGAAUGUUAGUAUAAUACCAAUAUAUCUGUAGCUUUCUCUGUAUUUGGCUAAUGUCACAGUGUUUAUAGUCUAUUUGCAACAUUUCAACAGCUUAUUGAGAUUAACGGAUUCACUAAUGGAACAGUUUUCUGUCACGUCAAGGUUUGACUUGUGCUAAAGGUACAUUAGAAUUUCAGAUAACAGUAUCCUAUAUAGCGUACCACUAGUGUAAUAUUAAUUCCAGUUCCAGCAGUUUCGUUACGGUUCGUUGUUCUCGUUCAUUAAAUCCUCGUGCAAGAAAAAAAGCUAACUUGUCAAUAAUCAGAACCUGAGUUCAACAUUUGGAAAGUUUGCCGUAGCACCACGUCAGCCUUUUUUCAUGUCCCGCCUCUCUGCUCCUGCUUCCAGUGUUUAUGCUGAGCUACACUGUAAAAGAUGAAACUGUACUUGAUUUGAUUGUUAUUGAUCAUAAAUGAUGUUUCUCUAGCACUGCAGCUCAUCUAUGCAGCUUCUUUCUGAAAUAAAGCCGGGCCUUAAAGCA